AUGGACGGGCCACCAGGCACGGGGCCACCAAAUAACAAUGGUGCAAUGGGCCCGCCGGGGAUGCCAAGCUUUCCUCCGAUGCCGCCACCUCCAGGCGCUAUGGGAGCUGGAAAUAUGCCUCCACCUCCGAUGGGACCUCCUGGAGCUAUACCGCCUGUAAGUUCAUCUAGCGGCCCAUCUAGUGGACCGCUAAACAUGCCUCCUGGCCCUCCAAAUAUGCCACCUGGACCGCCUAACAUGCCUCCUGGACCACCAAAUAUACCUCCUGGGCCUCCUAAUAUGCCGCCGGGACCCCCUAGUAUGCCGCCAGCACCACCUAAUAUCCCUCCUGGUAUGGGCCCACCUCCAGGUAUGAUGGGCAUGGUUCCUUCAGGAAUGGGACCACCACCCCCAGGUAUGGCUCCUCCAGGCAUGGGAAUGGGACUUCCAAUGGGACCUCCUGGUAUGGGACCACCAAGAAUGCCGCCAAACAUGAUGAGGGGCCCUAACAUGAAGGGCAAUUUUAAUAAUCAGGCCAUGGAUAUGGGCCCACCUGGAAUGGGUCCUCCACCUAAUAUGCCUCCCAUGGGGUGGGAUGGACAAGGUCCUCCAGGCUGGGGGAGACAAGAAGGACCUCCUGGUUGGGAUGAACAUCAAGAGGAAGGCGAUGGAGAUGAAGGUGAAGAAGAUGAUACAAGUGGCAUGCAAGGUCCACCCUCAUCAUUGCCAUCUUUGUUAACAAUGAAGAUUGAUACUCCUGAAGAAUUUAGGAAUAAGCCAGCUCCCGUUGGUGGUGUAGUGUUGCCUAAGGCUUUAGAAGAAGCUUUAGCUUACAAGGAUCAGCGACAAGCUGCAUUAGGUGAUGAAGAUGAAGGCCAAAAAGAAAUAGAAAUGCCACCAGAAGCUCCCCCAGCCCCAGUGAUCAGUGCUGAGUAUGAUGCUGAAGAAGAUGAAGGUGACUCAGAUGAUGACAACAUUCCAGAUGCACCUCGACCUCCUGUUAUCUCCAAACAAGAGGCUCAAGCAAACAGGGCAAGCAAAAACAAACGUAAGAAAAAGAAGAAGAAGGAAGCCAAGCAAAAGCGGCGUGACCAAUCGAAGAAGAGGGUGGAUGGUGAAACUGGGACUAACCAUGAUGAGAGCAAAAAGUCCAGCGACAAGGAAAAUGAGAAAGAGGCAGAUAUAGAGUAUGUUCAGGAAUCCAUCCAGUUUCAUGAGUUGGAGCCAAUGUACCGCCAGUUCCACCGUGUCUUAGAGGCUUUCAAAAUUUCUGAGAAGAAGGAUGAUGCCAUCAAAGAAGAAGACAAAGAUGCUCCCAAACCAUCUAAGCCACUUGAGAAAAUCCAGGAUCAAUUUGCAGCUGAUGAAGAAGCUGUUGAGAAAAAUGCUGCAGACGAAAAAGAGCGUUUGUCAAAGCGCAAGUUGAAGAAGUUGUCUCGGUUAUCUGUUGCUGAGUUGAAACAGUUGGUAUCACGGCCGGACGUGGUGGAGAUGUAUGACGUCACGGCACGGGAUCCCAAGCUCUUGGUGCAGUUAAAGGCGCACAGAAACACUGUUCAAGUGCCACGGCACUGGUGUUACAAGAGAAAGUAUCUCCAAGGUAAGCGUGGUAUAGAAAAACCGCCAUUCGACUUGCCCGAGUUCAUCAAAAAGACGGGCAUCAUGGAGAUGCGAGCGUCUCUUCAAGAUAAAGAAGAGACGAAGACGCUCAAAGCUAAGAUGCGGGAACGUACUAGACCGAAGCUGGGAAAGAUUGAUAUUGAUUAUCAGAAGCUGCAUGACGCAUUCUUCAAGUGGCAGACAAAACCGCGCAUGACUAUUCACGGUGAUUUGUACUACGAGGGUAAAGAGUUCGAGACCCGACUGAGGGAGAAGAAGCCGGGUGAUCUAUCUGAGGAGUUGAGAACCGCGCUCGGUAUGCCCGUUGGCCCUGGUUCUCAUAAGGUUCCCCCACCAUGGCUUAUCGCACAACAACGUUACGGACCGCCUCCGUCGUACCCCAACUUGAAGAUUCCUGGUUUAAACGCACCUAUCCCUGAGGGAUGUGCAUUCGGCUACCACGCGGGUGGUUGGGGCAAACCGCCAGUCGAUGAAACCGGCAAGCCACUCUACGGAGAUGUGUUUGGACACCAGAGUAGUGGACAGGAUGAUGUUGAAGAUCAAGAUAUAGAUAGAACUAUGUGGGGAGAACUGGAGUCAGAAUCGGAAGAGGAAUCAGAAGAAGAAGAGUCGGAUGAGGGUGAAAAACCAGAAGAAGGUGAGGUGGCGGCCGGACUGGCGACUCCGGGUGAGGGUCUGGUAACUCCGCUCGGCAUUAGCUCUGUACCACCCGGCAUGGAGACCCCUGACACCAUUGAGCUCAGAAAGAAAAAGGUCGAAAGUGAUAUUGAAGGUGGAGAUACUCCAGCCCUGUACCAAGUGCUACCGGAGCGUCGCGUAGGUCUUACAGCUGGCAUGAUGGCCUCCACUCAUGUCUAUGACAUUAGUGCUGCCAAUCCUGGUAAGCGUGCAAUACCAACGGCCCCACCUGGUUCUACCGGUGAGAGCGGCGGCGGUCCAGCUGGCGGGGUGGAGGUCACACUCGAUCCCUCAGAGCUGGAGUUGGAGCCCGAAGCGGUGGCUGCUCGGUACGAACGACAUCUGCGGGAGACCCGCCCGAAAGAGCACGAGGACUUAUCCGACAUGUUGGCAGACCAUGUAGCCAGACAGAAGAACAAAAGGAAGCGACAACAAAAUACGGAUUCCAAGCAGUCGAAGAAAUACAAAGAAUUCAAGUUCUAA